CAAACAGUAAAACAAUUCAAUGUUGUAGCUAAUCGGCAACUACUUGUUUUUUUACAUUUAUUUAAUUAUUCAAUUGAGCAACUAUGAAGCCAUGGAUAAAUUUUUACAGUUUUAAAUAACAGCAUGUGAUAUACAAAGAUACUGUUCAAUAGCAUCAUAAUGGAAAUUCCUUGGAUCUUGUUUAUAAUAGAGGUGUUACAUGUGUUUGUGAAUUCCGAAACAUCACAUGUUACAGUUUAUCAGGGAGAUACCUUACCUCAUCAUGGAAGAUGUGAACCUAUUACAAUUCCAUUUUGUCAACAAAUAAGAUAUAAUGAAACUAUAUUUCCUAACAUACUCAAUCACGCCAAGCAAGAAGAUGCUGGACCAGAAGUUCAUCAAUUUACACCUCUACUCAAAAUUAAUUGCUCUCCAGAUUUGAAAUUCUUUUUGUGUUCAGUCUACGCACCUGUUUGUACAAUAUUGGACAAACCUAUACCGCCAUGUCGUCAUUUAUGUGAAUCUGCCAAACACAAUUGUGCUGAAUUAAUGAUGCGGUAUGGAUUGUCAUGGCCAGAACAGUUGCAAUGUGCAAAAUUCCCAGUGGCCACAGACGAGAGUGUCAUAUGUGUUGGUUAUAAUAAUGCAACCCAUGAAUCGUGGAAACACAAUGAACCUAAAUUAUCAAAAGUAGAUUUCAAGGCUGACAUUGAAAAGGACCCAACUAAGCUUCUCAGAGCCAAAGAUUAUGGAUUUGUUUGUCCUGUUCAAUUUAAAGUUCCUAAAAGUUUGGACUUAGAAUAUUCUCUGAAAGUUGGUGACAAAAUAGAAAAUGAUUGUGGAGCACCUUGUAAUGGAAUGUUUUUCACCCAAGAUGAAAAAAAAUUCUCUAGAAUGUGGAUUGGUACAUGGGCAACUCUGUGCACUUUCAGCUGUCUCUUUACUGUCCUUACAUUUCUCAUAGACACUGACAGAUUUAGAUAUCCUGAAAGACCUAUAAUAUUCUUGUCAGUUUGUUAUUUGCUGGUGGCUGCUGCAUAUGUUAUGGGUUGGAGUGCAGGUGACAACAUUAGUUGUCAAGGACCUUUCCCCUCCACUAUCAGUGGAACAAGACUCCCCAAUACAUCUAUUAUUACACAAGGAACAAAACAUGAACCAUGCACAAUUCUUUUUAUGGUUGUUUAUUUUUUUAGUAUGGCUUCAAGUAUUUGGUGGGUGAUUCUGACACUAACAUGGUUUUUAGCUGCUGGAUUAAAAUGGGGUCAUGAAGCUAUAGAAGCUAAUUCUCAAUAUUUCCAUUUGGCUGCUUGGGCCGUUCCAGCAAUCAAGACUAUAUCAAUUUUGGCAAUGGGAAAAGUAGAUGGUGAUGUUCUGUCAGGGGUAUGUUAUGUUGGACUAUGGGAUGGAGAGGCAUUACGAGGUUUUGUUUUAGCUCCACUUUGUGUUUACCUAGUAUUAGGUACUGUAUUUUUACUGGCAGGUUUUGUUUCCUUGUUUCGUAUUAGAACUGUUAUGAAACAUGAUGGCACCAAAACAGAUAAACUGGAAAAAUUAAUGAUUCGUAUUGGAACCUUUGGAGUUUUGUAUACAGUACCUGCUUUAAUUGUCAUAGCAUGUUUAUUCUAUGAACAUGCACAUUUUGACAAAUGGAUGAUAACCUGGCACAGAGAUAUGUGUUCAACUCCUCUUUAUUCAAUUCCGUGCCCCUUUACUCGCCAUGAACUGGAACGACCCAAGUUUGAGGUUUUCAUGAUCAAAUAUUUAAUGACAAUGAUAGUUGGAAUCACAUCAAGUUUUUGGAUCUGGUCAGGAAAAACAUUAGUAUCUUGGCAUCAAUUUUUUGAUAGAAUUAAAGGCAGAAGAGUUGAAACGUAUGUGUGAGGUUAGCAUUGUAUUUGCUUGAUAUUUUUAAGUUUACAUGUCAUUAAUUUUAAAUAUAAGGC